UCUAUGUUUCCAACUGGGAGAGUUGUCAUGGAUGCAGUUCAUCAUGGGCAGCCUCAUCUUCAUCAUGUUCGUAGUGCUCUAUGCUGAGGGUGUGCUGCCCGUUGAGGUUGAUCUAGGCUUCCCUAACACAGUCGCCGGCCAAACCAGAAAUCCCCGAGCUGAUAAUCGCGUGGGAGCAUCGAUAGUUUUCGUGGACUGUCCACUACAGUUCGUGUGUGAGAUGGAAACCUGGGCCAACCGAGACCACGACCGCUUCCUGGACAGACUUAUUGCAUCCUGGUUUAGAUUUUUAGUUAAUGUAUAUUUAACCACAAAUUGGGAGAUUAAAACCGGCUGCGACAUGUCUGGCAGUGAGGUGUCUGAAGAAAGAAAUAUGCAAGAGAAUAUGACCUAA